UCACAGAGGGUAUUUUUCUUUGCAUAUUCGGCAACCAAUCAAUCGAUUCCACGGAGAUAAAAGCUUGGAUAAGAAACGAAAUACUCUAGUGAAUAUGUUAUAAGUAAUUCUAAGCCAUUUAUCGUAGAGAACAAUAAUGAAAUAUAGCGUGCUAACAUUAGUGCUGGGCCUGCUCGUAGGCACGGCCCAAAUCGAGGCCCAUGAUGCCAAGGGUUUCGAUGACACGGUUCUUUUCAACUUGGCCUGGCAUGAAAAAGAUGAUUUAUUGCCCAACAUGAUAGUCGACGAGGAAAUCACGGUCUUGACUACUAAUAAGGAAAAAUACAAAUGCAUCAUUCCGUCGAUCGCCACCAAAGAAGCGGAAGGUGACGUUCAAUAUAACGGUCCUAGCCCGAUAGAUCUACUCGUUCCCCUGUUCAGUCACUCCACUUGCUCGUACCGAAUCGAGAGCUACUGGACGUACGAAGUUUGCCACGGAAAUUACAUCAAACAGUACCACGAAGAGCGACACGAGAAAACCAGUAAAUUACAGGAAUACUACCUCGGCAAGUGGGACAAGAAGAAAACGGCCGAGCUCGUAGCCCAGUACAAGAAGGCCGAGACCGAAGAUGAAAAGCUUAAGUAUAAAAAAAUCGACGGUUUAAACCUGCCCUAUUUGGAACUGGAGAUGGAUUCCGGAACCGUUUGUGAUCUGAACGGCGAAGCACGACUUACAAAGGUCCUGUACGUAUGCUAUCAGCAUGGAAAAAACGAGGUCUAUUCGCUGAAAGAAACUUCCACCUGCAACUACGAAGUGAUCAUUCUGACCCCGCUGCUGUGCGCUCAUCCCAAGUAUAAACCACAGGAAACGGAAGAGAACAAAAUCAGUUGCGUCGCCCUGGAGGGCUCGCGUGCGAAACCGAAAAAUCUGCUCUUAAUGGAAAUGGAAAGCAUGCGGAUCAAGUAUCAGAAGUUGACGGAAGUGCAAAAAAACCUUAGAGAUGCCAUUGCGGUAAUUAAUCUUGAUGAGGAUACACCAAUUAAGAUAGAAUUAUUCCCCAACGAUAUUCCGAUUAUCGAGGCAUUGAAUCAGAAGUUACCACACAACACGGGUGGUGCAGAAGAGGACAGCACCAGUCCGACGGAUGCUUUUUCCAGAAAUAUAAGAAAAUCCAAAGAGCUCAAACCCCUUCUGGAAUUUUUGGACGGCGUUUACUGUCUUACCGGAGGAUCGGGCUGGUGGAAGUUUGAGCUUUGCUACGGGAAGCACGUGCGUCAAUUCCACGACGACACUUCCAUCUACCUGGGCUACUUCAACAAGGAGAAACAUCUCGAAUGGCUCGAGAAAAAUCCCGCAAUAAAAAAUAAGCGUAAAAACGAAAACCAGUUAAGCAACUUCUACGGCGGAGGCGAAGUAUGCGAUAAAACCUCGCUUGCUAGACAGGUCGAAGUUAAGCUCAAGUGUACGGAGCAUUCCGCAAGUUCGAACGCAAUCGCACUAUACCUGCUGGAACCAAGACCGUGCGAGUAUAUUCUGAACGUCGAGUCAUCGCUAAUUUGCGACAUUCUCCCGUAUGCGGAGGAAAAUAUGUUGCUUCCCGAGGGUCUCCAGAAGCUCGAUGAAGAAACAUUGUACAUUAUCGAUAGUAGUAAUAUAAAUAACUGAAUAGUUCAGUAAUAAAUAGGAAUCCGAGAUUCAA